AUGGAUAGGGAUACAGUUUUGGCAGGUGGGACAGCACUCACAGCAAACUUCGCAUGCUUUCUUGGCAUCAGCAGAUCGUGUCCUGAGUCAGCAUCCUUGGGAGACAACAGCCUUGGGGCUGCUUGCUAUCCAGUUGGUGCACUACGUGUGGAGUUUUUCCAGCCUGUGAACCUGGAAGAAGUGGCAAGAAUAAACCCAGCGGUCAAAGCAGGAGGUCGUUUUGCUCCGAAGAACUGUAUAGCACUUCAGAAAGUAGCAAUAAUCAUACCGUUCAGGAACCGAGAGGAGCACCUGAAGUACUGGCUCUAUUACCUGCACCCAAUUCUCCAAAGGCAGCAACUAGAUUAUGGAGUAUAUGUUAUCAACCAGGACGGAGAAGAAGAAUUUAACCGUGCUAAACUGCUGAAUGUAGGAUUCACAGAGGCUUUGAAAGAGUAUGACUAUGAUUGCUUUGUGUUUAGUGACGUAGACCUAAUCCCAAUGGAUGACAGGAACACCUACAAAUGUUACAGCCAGCCACGGCACCUUUCCGUAUCCAUGGAUAAAUUUGGAUUUCGGUUGCCUUACAAUCAGUAUUUUGGAGGCGUAUCUGCCUUAAGCAAGGAGCAGUUCACAAAGAUCAACGGGUUCCCAAACAAUUACUGGGGCUGGGGUGGUGAAGAUGACGACAUUUAUAACAGGCUGGUGUUUAAAGGCAUGGGGAUAUCCCGUCCGGAUGCCAUCAUUGGGAAGUGCAGAAUGAUUCGGCAUUCCCGGGACCGGAAGAACGAACCCAACCCCGAGAGGUUUGACCGAAUUGCUCACACAAGGGAGACAAUGAGCUCUGACGGCUUAAAUACACUAUCUUACAAGGUGUUAAGAACUGACAAGUACCCUCUGUAUACAAAGAUCACAGUGGAUAUUGGCUCGCCAAACAGCUAACAUCACAGACACAAGAGAGACCUUGCCUAUGUUGCCCAAGACAUCUGGCCUCACUGAUGCUUUCUAUCUGCUGGUUUUAUAACAGUUGCAAUGAACCAAAAAAAAGGGCCUCUUUUGGCAUGCCAAAGCGUCUCCAAAUUGGUUGGACAAGUGCUUUUUUCUUUUUUUUUUUAAAUUCCAAACUUGACUUUACACAACUUUCUAGCUCUCAUUGUUUUGUAAGUCCAGAAGCUGUACAUAAGAGUUGUAAAUAUUUACUUUGCCAGAAAAUGUUGAAUCUGAUCUAUUUGCUGCAGUCCUCCCCAUGUUGAGUUAAUUGCUGGACCCAAAUGUUACUGAUUACAACUGUGAUGCAUCAGCAAUUACUGCCCAUGAUAUUUUGAUAUUUUAAAUGAGGUGGAUGGAAACAUUCUUUUUAAUUAAUUCCUGGUUUUACUUUAUGAAGGACUGUAAAAUGCUGCUAAAAUUGUACAAGUUUACGCUUUGCAUUAGAUUUUUUUUUUUAAUGGAGACAAUAUAACCCUAUUUUUUUCUCAUAGUGACCAAAACAAACAUCUUCUCUGUGUGCAGAGCAAGUGUUGAACGAUCAAGUCUGGAUUCAGUGAAUGUCAUUAUUUCGUUUAGUCUCAAAGGAGGCUUUGAAUGAGUUGAGUCAGAGUUUGCCAGAAUUUGCCAGUUGAGCUCUCUGCAUAGGGUGGGAGCUACACAGAUGGCAUCUGCAAAAACCACUGGCUUCA